AUAGGAGAGGAUGAGGAGAAGGGAAUACCGACAAAGAGAAGGGUGUGGGGGUUGCUUCUAGAGCUGCUCCUCGCAACACCAUACACAUUGCUCUGAGGACGAGGCUCAGCAGUUUCCUGGUCACCUAUUGCGAAGCAUUUCCUUCCGAUGAGGUACUGGGAGAAUUUGUUCCAGCGGAGCCAUGCUGCCUAGAAACUGUCAAAUGAAAUAUCCAUCUAUCUAUUAUCCGGAAGGAAUCAAAGCACUUGUACACCACGCCCUGCAUCCCACUUCACUACCCUCUCCCUGCUAGACGACAGACAGCCACCUUACCCGCUGUGCCCUUAGACAUGUGUAAUGCUCACAGAAUAACCGCAAAGUUCAUAGAAUCCUCGUUCACGGAAAUCGGCCAGGCAAAGCUGCAUGCCUGGGUUGCUAGAGAAUAUGGAGAAUUUUGCUCGAGCUGGUUUGACAUCCUAGUGCUAAAUUAGUAGGUAUAUACUGCAAAUGUGAGCUCUAAUUCCCUCGAGGGGUGAGUGCAUUGCAGUGAGUACUGACAGGAGUUAUGGGAGCCACCGUCCGGGAGGAACCACUCUUAAAACGUCAGAGAAGAGAGGGAGAGAGAGAGAUAACGCAACAAAUUACUAGGGGACUGCUAGUCCAACUAGACUGCGGAGAAUAGAAAACCCUUCACUUCACCAAAGCGAUCAAGCUGAGCUUCAGUAGAAGAUGCGAGUGAUUAUAGAUGACACCUGAAGCCAAUAAGUUAUCAUAGCGUAAUGGUCAUGGCCAUAGUAAAGAUAGAAAUCUCGGCGCUCUGAGCCACAUGUCAGUGUGAGAAUUUGUGAAUACUAAUUACAUCCAGCUCUGAAGAAUGCACUGUAGACGGCGAAUGAUAUUCUAUGCAUGACGUUCUAUGCAUGAUAUUCUAUGCCGUCAAUUGAAUAAUCCGAGUCCACAGGGAUAAUUGCAUCUCAGUUGGGGGACAUAAUUGGGCAUGCCAUGCCGAUAGCUAUAGCUGGACGUUCAAGUUCCAGAAACCCCCGUUAACCAAGCGGGGGAUGCAGUAACAUAUUGCGAAUACACCGGUGACAAGCCCAAGUCUCAAGACCCCAAUAUAAGCAGCUUACUUAACGCACCAAGAAUCAUGAAUUACCAAGAGUCAAUCCAGCCCAGCCCAGAUCUCGUAGAACUGCUACCGCGUAUAUCCCCUCCCUAAGAUAUUGCUGAUACUACCCGCAUACCCGCUCCCUCAUACCCGACAGUGCAAUCGCCCGGGGCCAUAUUCAAUUGAUCAGUACAGCACUCCCUACUCUCCCGUCACAACCCCGAGUACAUUCGCAUCACAGCCGGUUGAUUCACCUUCAACCCUACCCAUCUUCCGAGCCAUUCUUGAAAUCCCGACCUUGUCGAAACCUCACUGUAGCCAAAACUUACGGAUGAGCGAGAGAGAGGGAGGGGAAAAAAAAAAACAGAUUUCCCGAUUAUUCCCGGAUAUCCGAUGGAUCGACGACUUUGCAUAUUCACAAUCGAAAUUGAUGGUAUUCCCCGCGCAGUCUUCCGCGUGUAUGGCUACCUCUAAUAGUGUAGCGCGGAGAUUUAUUUAUUUGUCUAAUGUUCCCCGGCUGUGGGUGUUGCGGGGGAGCUUGAGGUAAGGUUUAUUUGUUUGCUAGUCUAGUUGCAUGGGACGAUGUUGGAUUGGAAGCAUGGCUAUUGCACCCCUCCCCAUUGAAAGGUGGCCUUAACUGGCUUGAAGAGUGCCUUGGAUUAUGUUUGCUGUUUUGAGCUUGGACUUGCAGAAUGGGUGAUGGACACUUGGCGACUCCUAUGGCUUUAUAUAGGUGGUUCGUGAUACUGUAUGCUUGUUUAGUAUUAUGGAUCAUAGUCAUUAUGUGUCUUCUAUAUAUGCUUUUUAAAUGGCCAAGUUUACACCGGGGGUUUUUUCUCACACUGGUUCAUGUUUCCUUCUCUCUUUCUCUUUCUCCUCUCCUCACUCUUCUCAUCUCCCCUGUAUCUUACACUACGGUCCACUCUUUUGUAAGUCCCUCCCCCCACUCGCUCGCUCCCCCGAUUCUAUUUUCCUCUAACGCUUAACCUUCUAUGGCGAGUAGGUGAUAACCACUCAUUGCGACUUUUACUCUGCCACCGAUCCGCCCCUCACACUCAGCAUCUUCGCCUCCUAACACACCUUCACCGAAAAUCAAAUGCUAUCGAACAACGACGACUACGAAAUGCCCGAAAUACCUCCCUCUAGAUCAGCCUCCCCGAACAUUCAGUACUGCCCCUGGUGCCCUCAGGUCAUCGCAUUCCCUCUCGCCCCGAGUGAGGCCAUGUCUUGUCUCUCAACCCUUACCGAGCAUGUCAUGCGUCACCACCUCGGUCAUCUUCUCGAUGGUUCGCACCCUAACCCCCUGCCCUCCCUUCCGCUCCUUCUGCGGCCGUAUGCUAACUUUAGGGUUGCGGUGAUAACAACAGCAGGUACCUGCGUCAAGAUUAAUUCCCCGCACAUCGACACCCACGGGCCCGGCGAUACCGGAAGCGGUGGCGACUUCGGAGAGGCUUACAUCCCGGCCGAGUUCAUCUACGCCUACAUGUGUCCGGUCCGCAAGGUUUUCGUGAACGUGUACAAGGACCCCAUGGACGGGAUGUGGUAUCGCCUGAGACUCGGAUGCGGAUGCGCCCAAUGCGUCGAUGGGGCCGAUACCGAGCACAUGGAGGACGAGGUUGAGCGUAAGGUCACCAGGGACGAGCUCUCCGAUGAGGUGCGUUUGGCCGACGGGGAGGACGUGGCUCAACAGAAGGGGAUGGAGCAGGGUCCCAAGGGGGCUAGCGAUUCGGCCCUCGAUGCCAAGAACGGGGCAGGAGGAUGGGGAGGAAAUGAUGAAAUUCCUGUCGACGAUUCUGUGGCUGCGAAGGGGGAUGACUGAGGUUUAUGAUGAUGGUGGCGCUGUUUUCUCACUUUUAGAACAUACAAUCUUUCUCUAGUAU